UUCAAUAGUGAGAAUUCAAUUUUUUUAUUGGGACAAAAUGGCAAUGAGAAAUUAUCAAGAAAUCAGAAUUAUUUAAGCCUCAAUCAGUUCCCUGCAUUAUCUCAAUAGAAAGAAGUGGGAAAAACCCAAGAACUAAGCUGCCCGGUGUGGAAAUUGGAAAAUUCAGAAACGAUAUAUGGAAUGAAGAGGCAACUAAGCCUACCCCAAAGGAUUAAAACGGAAUACGAGAGUCGCUUGGCUAACGUCUAAUCCUACAUGAAAUUGACGUUUGAUUGCAAGACACACACACCCAGCCAUGAGGGAGGAUAACUCUCCACCUGCCCGAUCCGUGCCAUGCAUUAAACAAGGAGAGGAGCCCGCUCAAACCCGCACAGCGCUAGGAGCGGCCGCCCGAACGUGACACAUGGCGAUGUCCUUUUAUGCCAGAAAGAAAUGCGCCAUCACCUGGGGCAUGUGUUGCAAGCAGUCCGUGCUUCACUGCCGCCACUCCAGCAGCAACAGCAGAUCUGAUUGCGACGACUGCUGCCUGGAGAACGAGCCAUCUCUGGAUGCAGGAAAUCUGACAGCGGAGACAGCUCUUCCUAUGGCUACACGGGGCGACACAGCGCGUAGCAGCUGAGUGCAUAUGACCUGGAAAUGGGGUUUUAGCAAAUCGAGAUCAAAUCAGAUUUUACAUUUCCAUGCUAUAUAAGCGGCAGGUCGAGGGCACCGAGGCAUCAAACACAGCUUAGCUCUUUGGGCUAAAACAGCAAUACCCCAUAAACCACAUCUCAACCUAAGCCUGGCGAAAAUGUCGAAGAUCCACGUUGUUGUUCUUGUAGCUGCCGCUUCGGUCCUGAUGGCCGGAGUGCGAGUGCUGGCGCUUCCCUCGGACUCAGCCGAUGCCCACGCCGAGAUCCGCAGCUUCGUCAACGAGCUGAAGCAGGAGGACGGCAGCUACAACUACCAGUUCGAGACGACCAACGGCAUUGCCCAACAGGAGCAGGGAGUGGGCGGCUACUACGCCUCCGGCUCGUCGCAGUACUACAGCCCCGAGGGCCAGCUCAUCCAGCUGACCUACACGGCCGACGAGAAUGGCUUCCAGCCUCAGGGCGAGCACCUGCCCACGCCACCACCCAUCCCGGAGGCCAUUCUCAAGUCGCUGGAGUGGAUCCGCAACCACCCAGAGGAGAACGACGAGUACGAGCACCACGAUCACGGCCAUGGUCAUGCUCAUGGGGCCGAGCAGGGUAAACAGUAUCUGCAGCAGGAACAGUCACAGCAGCUGCCAGUGGGCCCUCUGCUCGCUCCGGUCUCAGCGCCGGCACCAGCCUCUGGUCUUCCCUACGAGAGGAAGAUUUGAAUUAGGGGCGCCACAG